UUUAACACACCAGUCAUAUUACUGCCGAUUGUAUAAAAGGAUCACAUCACCUACCAAUCCAGCAGGAAGACAGCCUCAUGUCUGAUACUGUUCACAUCAACCUUGGUCAUUCCUUCACGGGGGCCUGCAACAUUGCCAUGGCGUGCAGGUCUGAAAGGCCAGAAACCUGUCAAUGCAAUAGAGAUCCAGUCAACAGUAUUCUUUUUAGAAUGCUUAAUUCAGAUACCACAACAAAAAUGAAGAGCCAACACGACCAACAUGUCUGCAAUUCUGGGAGAGGAUGCCCCUGUGAGAGAAAUAGGAAAGUGUCCCUCAAACAUCCUGAACUUGUCUGCGAGAAAGCAUCAGAAGUUUUAUUAAAGACAGUGGCUUUUAUAAGAAACGUACCAUCCUUCUACCAGCUGCCUCAUGAGGAUCAGAUCCUACUGGUACGCAAGUGCUGGGCUCCACUUUUUGUAUUAGGGCUGGCACAAGAGCGAGUCAAUUUCGAAUGCAAAGAGUUAACUGCCCCGAGCCUUUUGAAGAAGAUCCUUCUUAAUCAGUCAUCUAAUGACGGCGAUAUCACGUUAAAGCCUGAUGCUGGAGUUCCUUUCAGAGAGGUGCAGAAAAUACAGAUGUUCCUUUGUAAACUUUGGAGUCUGGACAUUUGCACAAAGGAAUAUGCUUAUCUUAAAGGGAUGGCGUUGUUUAAUCCAGAUAUCAGAGGUAUGAAGUUUCAACAUUAUGUCCAGACACUGCAAAUAGAAGCUCAGCAAACGCUGAUGGAAUUCACAACCAUGAUGCAUAACAGGAGUCAGGCCCGUUUCACAUGGAUGCUGGAAGCCCUUCUCAUUCUAAAAGCCAUUGACUCUAAUGUGAUCACAGAACUUUUUUUCCAACCCAUCUCUGGAGAGAUUAAUUUGGAAGAUCUUCUGCUUGAAACUUUAUUUACUAUAGGAUGAAAUACAGAGACAUAGGCUAGCCCUAGGCACAAUAUUAUUGGGCGCAUCCCCCCUUACCAACACACACAUGGUAUUCUAACAAGACUCCACCCCUACCUGUUUUUUUGGCCUUUUGUGGACUAAGAUCCUCUUCAUCCAGGCUCCCGGACUGCACAUUCAAAUACUCACAAGACUCUCCCCAAAACAAACCUAAUCUUCUGAGGUCCUUGAUUGCACUUAAGACCAUUUUUGAAACUUGGAUUUAUAUUCAUGACUAUGGGUGCAUCAUGGAGGAUUGUUCUGUAUCCAAACAGAUACAAUGAUGCACGUUACACCCUAUGGGUGGGAUGUAAGGGAGAUCAAGUUUGCACGACGUGUGGCAGGCCGGCCGAACUCUUUUUUUAAAGAAGCAACCGUUUAUAAGGCAUGGUUAUGCCUCGAAAAGUACUGCUCCUUUAAAAAAAACUGUGAGUUUGGCCGGCAUCCCGCACUUUGGACAAACGCGGACUCCAUUACAUCCUGCUCUUUAUCUGGCCUAGCCAAUUUAUCUCUCUCCAGCUGUUGUAAAAGUAUACAUCCCAGCAUGGCCUGAAACGAUUUUAGCAUUCCCUAAUACUAAAACUGUGGCAGGGAAUGCUGGGAUUUGUAGUAUCAUAACAACAGCAGAACCACAGAUUAGACAGUCAUGCUCUAUACAGUCUCAGCAGGUCACACAGAACUGUUCAGCAUUAUAAAUGCGUCUCAUUAAAUAUUUCAUUAUGAAGUCCAGAGAUAAGGAAACACAUGAUAAAAAAUGCAUCUAACAGGCAAAACUAGAUUACCUUGAUUGUCCACUUGGUCAGAUAUAUUUCCAGCGGCAAUACUUUACAUCCUGAUAGUUGCCAGCUAUCAUAAGAGACAUCUUUGAAGCAAAUGACAAUGGUACAAUGACUGACAGCCUCCCCUGGUGUCACCUGAUUUACAUUUUACAUUAAAGAUUCUCUUACUUUGUGUCAAUAAAUGCUUUGCCUAACAGAAAAUGUAUAAAAGAGAUUAUGGAGAGCUCCGUAAAAAUAGCACUUAAUAAUAUGUUGCCCUCAUCUGUCUUUUCCUUUGGCUAUGCAUUUUACAAGUGAAUAUUCGAACAAGACCCUCUUAUGAUAAUCUGUUGGUUAAUAGAAGUAAAGGCCCCCGUACAUCUGUGACAGAUUGGGGAUGGGAAUAUUCAACAGGUUUAAAGAUCUCUAUUCCUCGAGAUCCCAGACGAAUUGUGAUCAUCGAUGGCUGCCUAUCAGCUGAUCAGCAGAUCUGGUGGGAUCAUGGAAUCAGGGAAACGGUCAUCUGAUGUAUGGGGGCCAUAUGACUAGUUUGCUAGGAACGACUGCACAUUCUUGUUGCUGUUAAUCAAUUUCCAUUUAACUGUAGUUAUCUAUGUAUUUGUUUUUAUUUUCAUUCUGUCCAUUGUGAUGCCAAUUUAAAGAUUUUUGCAUUGUGUGUACUAUUUUUGGUUUAAAAUAGUUUAGUGUUUGUACAAGACAUUGGUGAAUUCUUUGUAGUAGAACUCCCAUCUCUAUGGGGGUGCUGUUACAUUAAUCUAUCACUUUUCUCUGUUUACAUGUUGUACUUGACCUAAAAUUAUAUUUAUUUAUUUUUGGAAUAAAAUAUUAUGGCUGUAAUGUAAAAUAAAUAUUUUUUCUUAAUUAA